AUGACAGACUGCUUAGGCUACUCUAUGGUUUCCACGAAUGCGAGAAACUGAUUCCUUUCCUUUGUUUACAGUGUUACCAGCUUAGCUAUCAUGCAGUUCGUGAUUUUAGCACAAACCUGAAAAUGCUUACGUGCAUUAUCUACGUGUUAUCAUUCUACAUUAAUGUCAGUUCAUCAGUGGUGAUUUAGGCUAGCAUAUACCAGCACCACAUGAACAUAGAAUCAUGAAUCGUGCAUAGUGAAUAAUGUAGCGAACUAAGAUAUUAAUAAAAGCUUCAGUGAUGUUUUCGGAGGAAACGGUAUUGAAAGGGGUGUGAUGGAUUUUGUUCAGCUCUGAGUCAACCAACAUGUCUCACUCAUCCAAGCCUCGAUCCCACCCUUGUGGCCUUUGUGACAAGUCUUUUGCCCAGAUAUCCAUGCUCACCAAACACCAGCAAACGCACAGUGAAGACAAGCCCUACAAAUGCCCCUACUGCGACAAGUCUUUUACCCUUUCUUCUCGUCUGGUUCUACAUAAACGCACCCAUGCUGGGGAGAAGCCUCAUACCUGCCGGCUUUGCUCCAAGACCUUCAUCUCAUCAGCCCACCUCGCCCUGCAUCUGCGCUCACACACUGGAGAGAGGAAGUACAAAUGCAGCAUAUGUUCCAAAAUGUUCAUGCAGUCGUCCCAACUUAUGCGCCACAAGACCAUCCACACUGGCGAGAAACCCUUCAAAUGCCCAGAUUGCAAUAAAUGUUUUGGCCGUGCCUCACACCUGAAAACUCAUCGUCGGCUCCACACCGGUGAAAAACCCUUUAAAUGUACGCUCUGUGAAAGAGCUUUUACGCAAAAGGCCGGACUUAUUAUACACUUGCGCUUGCACACAGGUGAGCGCCCUUUUAAGUGUGACAAGUGUGGUAAGGCCUUCCGCACGUCAGCCCAUCUGCUUAACCAUCAGGCUUUGGAGCUGGGCGAGGGCAGGUACAUCUGUGCCACGUGCAACAAGGGCUUCAGGUCAGUGUCCAUGCUAAAACAACACGAGAAAAGCCAUCAGGGCAACGGGGCUCUGUGUUGUAGCGUGUGCUCGGGGGCCUUUCCUCACUCCUCUUAUUUGCAACUGAAGAUGCACUUACAAAAUGGAGAGCAGCUCUUUCAUUGCAAGGUGUGCAACAAAAUCUUUGUGAAGAUGUCCACUUUUGAGAAACACUGCAAAAAGCAUCAAACAGACAUGGACGAAUGUGAGGACGAGGAAGUAAAAGAGGAAGAUUCACAUGAUCCCCCAUUUGAGCUGCACACUGCUGGAUCCCCAACGCCAUCGACGUCAGAAGUCAACACACGUUCCAAAACAAGAGCCAAAAUUAAAAGUACAAUGGAAAACUCAUAAGAAUGGACAGGCAGUCAUUUUGUAACAUUCACUUAAUGCCUUUUUGCAUUAAUGAUGUAUGAUAUAAUUAUACUUUCAACUGCUCUUAGUAUAAAAUUACAAUAAUAAUUCUCUGCAUGCACACAGUACAGACCUAUAGACCAUGUACAGUUGCACAAAAACUUGCCUUUGCACAGCUUUAUAUAUUUUAUUUAAUUUAAUGUUUUUUUUCAUUCAUACUUAUCAAAAAGUGGUACAGCACUACAUCUUAAUCAGCCUUGAAGUUACCAAGGACGUGUAUCCAUUUAGAAUCGAAUUGAGCAUCACUGUAAAAAAAAACAAUUUGAGUCAACUUAAAAUAAUUUGUUACCCCACUGCCUUAAAAUUUUAAGUUCAGUCAACUCAAAAAAGUUUAGUCAACUUAAAAUGUUAAGUUUUACUAAGUGAAAACUUAGUAACUUAGAUAUUUGAGUUAAUUCAACUUUAUUUUAAGGCAGCCAGGUAACAAACAGCUGUUAAUUUUAACAAACCAAUUUUUUUGUUUAGUCAACACAUAUAUCUAAGUUGUCACUUAGUAUCGCUUUACAUUUAAAGUUGCCAAAACUUAUUUAAGUUGACUGAAGUUAAAAAUUUAAGGCAGCAGGGUAACAUUAUUUUAAGUUGACUCCACUGUUUUUUUUUUGGUGGUUCUUUUACAGUGAUGUUUGAAUUUCUAUUCAGUUCCAUCGUAUUUAAUUCCUUUAUUUGAAUUGAGGUGGCAGAUAAACAGAUUUAAAAUGCUACAUAAGUAUUUUUAUUUAGUUUAUAUGUUGUAUAGAAUAAAUUAACUUUUGUGAAGCAGGGUGGAAGAAUACUUUCUAUAAUGAAUUUUAUUGCGUUACAAUUCUGUAAAUUCUUCUUUGUGUCAUACAAAUUUAAAGCAAUUGUAUAUAGUUUUGUGUGUUUUUUCUACUGUGGAGUACCCUACAGAUAAGUAAUUUCACUGUAGUAAUUAUAGGCUAUACUGUUGUCAUAAUUAACAGUUGAUAGUUGUGCACAUGCACUUUUUGCUGCCGUAAAGUAAUCCACUGUUUUCACACAAUUUCUUUAGUAUAAGUCAGUGUAUAGUCACAACGGUUUAGAAACUGACAAUUCAAGGUAAAGAACAUACAGCUACUUCAAAUUCCAACUCCACAAACUGAAAUCUAAAACUUACUAUUGUACAUACUAUAUCUAAAAAUAUAAGAGAAUUGAGACAAACACAAAAUACAAAGCCACAGUAAGCUCUGCAGAUAUCCACAGAAUCAAAAGGACUGUCAUUAUUAAUAAUAUUCUGUAAAUGUCCAUUUAUUUAUUUAUUUUUGAUACUAAGAUUGUAUGAGUCGUUUGCAUGGAACCAGCUGACUGCACACUAUGUCUGAAUCAAACAAACAAAGCAAAACAAAAAAAAAAAAAAAAAAAACAAUUAAGUUGUGGUUUGUGCACAAUGACUAGGCAAAGUCUGAAUGUUUUUCCACGUUUUCUAUGAAGAUCUUCCCUUAAAAUCAACAAACCACAUCUUAAAUUUCAUAAUGCUCUUUUUUUUUAUGUUUCACAGUGUUUAAGUUAUGUGAUAUAAUGUGCAGUCAGCUGGUUACAGAUAAAACAAAUGCUUGCACUUAACCCACAAUACACAAAUGGUUGGUCAGCUUAUGCAAGGUUAUCAUAAUUAUCAAGUGUAUUAUGCAGUGAACAAUGUUUGGGUUCUUCUGCAAUACUGUUGUUGUUGUUUUUUACAUUUAUUUUAAAUGUAAAUUUCUCUGGUUGUUUCCAUUUUACUGUUAAAUUUACAUCGUGUGUUGUUCCAGAGCCACACAAGGCAACAUCUGUGAUUGACAUCUGCCUGGGGUCAUCAUAUUUAAGCAGCAACAUAAUUUGGAAGAUGUAUUUUGCAACCAGUUGGUUUCUGGAUUGAAUCUGCACAAAAUCAAAAAACGGUUUUCUAUUGCUUUUGACAAAAACAAUUUUCAAAUGUAUUUAUGUAUGUAUAAAUGUGUGUUUACUGUCUACUGUUAAUUUCUGUUAGUUAUUUAAAAAAACUAACUUAGGGCAGGUGCCAAUAAUGUGUGACAUUUACUUUGUUACUUUCCAUAAGUUAGUUUUGGAAAACAAAAAAUGUUGUUUUAUUGGUGGUUAUUUUGCAUUCACUCAAAUUCAUUUUUAGUGAAAAAAAAAAAAAAAAAAAAAACUUUGUUAUGUGCAUCCAACUUUAUAAUAAAUGUAAUAAAUGUUAACAAAUGAGUUGUAUAACCCAAUUCUUUACUGAAAGAUGAGCGAUGGAUAGUGUGUAUGGUGUUAUGCUCUUAAAAUGUUAUUGCUUGAUAGCAACACUAGAUGGCGCUCGGUGAAUUGUAAUGGGAAGAGCUGU